UCCCCGCCCCCUCGGCCGCUCCGCUCCCUGGCGUGACUCGGCACUGAGAGUCCCGGGAGGAGACUCCGCGGUCGUCAGCUCCUCUGUCCAGGCCUCAGCCUUCCUGAGUCUCUCCCCUACCGCUCCCGGCUUGUCUUCUUCAGUUUCGAAGCCGGAAUCGUCGCGGCGCCCUGCCAGGCUCUCUGUGAGAAUGGUGGGAGUGAAGCCGGUCGGGAGCGACCCUGAUUUCCAGCCAGAGCUGAGCGGCGCGGGCUCCAGACUCGCCGUGGUCAAGUUCACCAUGAGAGGGUGUGGACCUUGUUUGAGGAUUGCCCCAGCUUUCAGUUCUAUGAGUAAUAAAUAUCCACAGGCUGUUUUCUUGGAAGUAGAUGUACAUCAGUGUCAGGGAACAGCUGCCACCAACAAUAUAUCAGCAACACCUACAUUUUUGUUUUUUCGAAACAAAGUGAGAAUUGAUCAAUAUCAAGGAGCAGAUGCUGUGGGAUUAGAAGAAAAAAUCAAGCAACACUUAGAAAAUGACCCUGGAAGCAAUGAGGACACAGAUAUUCCAAAAGGCUAUAUGGAUUUAAUGCCAUUUAUUAACAAGGCUGGUUGUGAAUGUCUUAAUGAAAGUGAUGAGCAUGGUUUUGACAACUGUUUACGAAAAGACAUGACCUUCUUGGAAUCUGACUGUGAUGAACAGCUGCUUAUUACUGUCGCAUUCAAUCAACCUGUUAAACUUUAUUCCAUGAAAUUUCAAGGGCCUGAUAAUGGUCAGGGUCCUAAAUACGUAAAAAUUUUUAUCAACCUACCCCGAUCUAUGGAUUUUGAAGAGGCAGAAAGAAGUGAACCAACUCAAGCUCUGGAGCUGACAGAGGAUGAUAUCAAAGAAGAUGGCAUUGUUCCUCUUCGUUAUGUUAAGUUUCAGAAUGUUAACAGUGUAACUAUAUUUGUUCAGUCUAAUCAGGGUGAAGAAGAAACAACAAGAAUUUCAUAUUUUACUUUUAUUGGUACUCCAGUCCAGGCAACAAAUAUGAAUGACUUCAAACGAAGAAUACAUAUUGGCAAGUUGAGAGUUAUCAACCUGUGAAACAGUAGUUGGCAAAAAAGGAGAAAGCCACUAAGGUACAAAAGAUACUGGAAGACCUGUUGCAAUCAGAUUUGCAGCUCCUGGAUAAUUGCUUGAUUCUCUCCAGAGACUGUCAGUGUUUCAUUCAUUGCCAUUACCAAUAAAUCAUUGCUUUUGUUCAGAUGGUAUCACUAGUCUUCUGUUGUAAUCUUGAUACAUGCAAUUGUAAAUAAAAGUCAUUACUUUUGCCAAGCUUAAAUUUUGUCAGUCUACAUAAGUAUUUUCUCCUUCCUUUUAUUUGAAAAUUAGCCAGCUUCUGAUUUUAGAGGAGACUUAAAUGUCUGAUAGCAUAUUGAUUGAAAGCUAAUUUCUGUCUUUAGACUCCUUUAGUCAAGGAGUACAGGUGUACACAUGCACAUAGAACAAGCAGUUUUGAUAAAGAACUUGGAAGAGCUAACCAUGUUCAAAUGAGUAUUGACUCCUGUUUCAUUAAAAGUCAUUUGGAUAUUUGGUGUCUGGGCUAGAAAUUACUCAAAUUACAAACUGCCAGAAAUAAACAGGCUUAAGGAAAUUUAAUUACUCUUAACCUAAAACAGUUGACGGGUCUACAAAUUCUUUCCCAUGCCAAACUUUAAUCUCUUCUAGAUGAACUUUAAGUUUUGAGACUCAUUUUCUUUAUUAAUAAAGGAAUGUUAAAUUCAGACAUCUGGGAAAAAUACAGUACAAUUAUUUUAUGAAACAACAAUAAUUCUUUGUAAACCAGCAUUUAUUAUCAAAACCACCAAAACAUGCAGUAAUAGGUAGACAGAUAACAUGAUUUAAGGUUGAAAAUGAAUUGACCAAAUGUUUAUGUUUAAAAGAUCUUUAGCAAAAGUUUGGUUCAACAUAACAUCUAUUCUUUUUUUUUUUUUUUUUUUUUUUUAAAUCCUAAAAUUGUAAUCUGGGAAAUAGUGAUAAAUUUAAUUUUUAAAAUAUUAAGUAUUUUUAAAAUUUAAUGUUUUAAGAAUACUAAAACAUAAAGUGUGAUUCAGUUAAUGCAUUUGAAAGCAAUCUUGUCUAGAGGUAUAAUAGAGAUGCUGUUUGCCCUUGGGAGAUGUAUUUAUAUAUGAUUAUGAAAACUUAUGUGGAAGUUUUAAUGUUGAAGUGGUCACUUUCUGAAACCCAAGUGUUACUAGUUCAGUUCAUUUGUACUUGAAUACAGUGAUGUCUGUAGUUUAUGUAUUUUGCAAUUUUGUUGCCUUGGGUCAAGUGGAGGCAGAAAGGCAAAGAAUAAAAUUUAUGUUACUCCUAAUAUAGACCAUCUCAGAUUAAUCACACCUGAAAUUAGAGAUAAGAUUAAUACCAAGAAUUUUGUUUUACAUUUUUGUACACAACCUUUUUGGGUAAUUGUUAAAGUGCCUCAUCUUAAGUAUCACUGACCUCAUCCUAUUUAUACUUGACAGUUUGAAAACCCGUAAAAAUGAUUUCAUAUUCGUAAAGGAUUGGACAUCAGGUUUAUAUUGUUUAUGUGACUUUUCUAUAAUUCAUUUGGUUACAAUAUACAGACAUUCCAUAAAAAUUCAAAUUGUAAAUAGUGAAAAGUUAUAGGUAACUGUAAUGUGUUUCACUUAUGGGAAGUUUUACUAUUACAAAUAAACAUGCAUAACUGACCUUAUUUAAAAUAUCAGGAUGAAAUGCUGUUUUCUCCUAAAAUAGUAUAUUUAUACAUGUGUAUAACAUUUAUAUAUAACACUGAAUUUUCUAGAUGAAUAAGCAUUUGAGACAAAGGUACCACUUAUUUUAACCAAAGCUAUAUUAGUACUUUCUAGAAAACCAAUACUGUUUAUUGCUUGUUUUGUCAGACGCACCAAAAAGUAUUUCAUUUGUGUAUCUUAUUAUAUUUCACAUGGGGGGCAUAUCUGAUGAGAAAAAACAGUGAAAUACCCUGUCUGUAACAGAAGCUAAAGUGAAGUAUUACAGUACAUAGUUAAUCAGCAAAUGGCUAAGGGUAAGGAUAGCACAGGAUACCAUAUUUUUGUGUUCAUGAUAGGUCUCUUAUGAUCCAUUUUGGUCCUCUUUGUCAUCAAGCCCCAAAUUGUUCCCAGUCUCAACGCUGUGUUAGAGAUAAGCACUUAGCAAUCCAUUAACAGUUGAUAACGUGAGUUGAAAACUCUGCCAUAAAAAAAAAAAAACUCUGCCAUUGUUGUCCUAAUGUCUGAGGACAGGG